GGGUCUGUCCAUUGUUGGGGGGAACAGAACAGCGAGUUGAGAUUGAUAUACGGGGGCCGGAGACAAGUUGCGCAUAUCAUCAGCGGACCAGCUGCAGUGCGGGCAGCGAGACAGUAGCCGACAAGUCCUUGAACGCAUCUUUCCAGACAUGGGUUGCUAUGAGUGCUGUAUGCGGUGUUUGGGUGGGGUGCCGUACUGCUCCCUUGUUGCCACACUUCUCUGCUUCUCUGGUAUUGCCCUCUUCUGUGGUUGUGGGCACCAGGCACUCACAGAGACGGAGAGGCUCAUCGAGACAUACUUUGCACGUAACCUUCAAGACUACAUAACCCUAGCCUACAUCAUUCAAUAUUUCCAGUAUGUCAUCUAUGGUUUGGCCUCCUUUUUCUUCCUCUACUGCAUUGUGCUUUUGGCCGAGGGCUUCUACACUACGAGCGCUGCAAGGCAAACCUUUGGAGAGUUCAGGAGCACCAUGUGCGGCCGCUGCCUCAGCUCCUCGUUUAUAGUGAUGACGUAUGUGCUCGCUGUGCUGUGGCUGCUGGUGUUUGCCUUCUCGGCAUUGCCAGUCUACUUCUUCUACAACAUGGACGCUACCUGCCACACUAUUGAUAUUCUGACUGAGACCCCAGCAAGUAUCAACCAGCUUUGUGUUGAUGCAAGACAGUACGGACUCUUGCCAUGGAAUGCAGUACCAGGGAAAGCUUGUGGUAUGACCCUGUCCAGUGUCUGCAAGACAAGAGAAUACCGCAUGACCUACAACCUCUACAUUGCUGCCUUUGCCGGCGCUGGCAUCACGCUCCUGGCUCUGCUAACCUAUACUGUGUCAACCACCUAUAACUUUGCCGUUCUGCGGUAUCUGGGGAGAAAGGGCAUAGGUGCACGGUGUUAGGACCCAGCUUCCUGUCUUUUCUGGCUUCACCACGAACAUGGGAGUUUAAAUCGAUGGCAACUCUUCUUUUUUAUGUGAUGUGCACACUACUACGUCUGCUCCUGGAUUUUUCUAAACUUGUUAUAUUUUUACUUUUCUUAUUAUAAGGAAGUUUUUUUUAAUGGUUUUAUUUUUUUGUGGGUGUAAUUUCUGCUUUGAAAUCGUACUUUCAUUUUUUCUGAUGUUUUUCAAUCUGUGCCAAAAUAUUUGUGAAUUAUUGCUCUUGUCACUUGCCAAGUUAAAUGUUUGAAAUGAAUUUCUGCCUCCCGCUGUACUCACAAAUAAUACAACGUUAACAAAUUACCAUAUGUAUUAAAUGACCACUAAAUUAGAAGAUGUGCAGGUAGUUUGCAGCUGUUAAUAAGAAUUGGGGAUUAGAGGUUACUAUAGCUACCAACCAUCACAUCUGGCUGCCAUGGUAGCAGACAAGCAUGCACUUGCGGUCUUAUGCUGACCUCCCGGACUUUUCUCACGGGCCGGAGAAAAGCUCCAACAAUGGAGUCAUGUCUUUUUUAAAAGCUAACCAAUAAGAAGCCAGUUCUGGGGCCACCUGCACCAUUACUCUCUGCCAGGGGUUAUAUUGCAUGUCAAGGGACAGGGUCCUCUGGACAAA